AUGGCGUAUAUACUCGGCUGGAAAGACAUUUUACGUCCUAUACGCGACGGGUACCGACAUCUCUUUCCAUUGCCAGAUACAGGACCAACACCAGAAGAACGUCGAAAGCAACGCACCAUCGACCGGCUGAAGGGCUUCACUUACUUUGACACCCUGGAGCAGCUGGAGACUUGGACUGAUACACAUGCUGAUCCUCUGCAGCGAGCCAAUACGCCGUUGUUAGUGCGUUCGACUAAUUCGAAAGAAGGACUAGCAAAAACAAACAUCCUCCUUUGCCAUGAUCACGCAGGCAAUUACCAUAGUUAUGAGGGGACAUCGAGCGUAGGCCUGGCAGAGGAAACGUAUGCAUGUGAAUACUUGCAACACAUCGAUACAUUCGUGUAUUUCUCUCACAAACUCGUUUGCGUUCCGCCACCAACUUGGACCAAUACACUACAUCGCAACGGAGUGAAAGCUCUGGGCACGAUAUUGAUCGAACCACAAAGUCCAGACUCUGAGCAACUGUUUCGACAUGGCGAAGAUGGCUUGUCUUUUCCUCUGGCUACGAAGCUUGCCUCAGUUGCGAAAUGCCAUGGAUUCGAUGGAUGGCUUGUAAACAUCGAGAAGUCGUUUUCAACAACAAGUUGGGACCCCCAGAACCUAGCAGCUUUCCUUCGUCAGCUGAAGUCAGAUCUUGGAGCAGAGAGAAGUCUCAUCUGGUACGACGCCUUAACGACCUCGAACAAGGUCUCUUAUCAGAAUGCGCUCAACACACAAAACCUGUUGUUCGCAAAAUCUUGCGGCGGUAUCCUGACCAACUACUGCUGGAAAGAAAAAAACGCGGCUGACUCAAUACAUGAAGCCUUGCGAGGAAAUGUACCACCACAGCAUGUUUACUUCGGCAUAGAUGUUUGGGCACAGAAUGCAACAAAGCUCUCGCAACCACGCAUCACGUACCCUGAGUAUAGCGGCGGUGGCACUAAUACUGGUGUUGCCGUAGCCAAGCUCGCUGAAUUAGGCCUCUCGGCUGGCAUCUUUGCACCAGCAUGGACGUUCGAGCAUUUCCCUGGCCACGGAAGAGCAGUGGAGCAGACUGUAUGGGACGGAGUAGAUCUUCCCAGGGCUACAUCCUGCUCAUGCGGAGACUGUGAAAAGCGACAUCGACCGAACCAAGCAAUGCACGUGACUAGCUUUGCAAAACUAUCCAAUGCCGGCUCGGAAAUGUUCUUCUUCACAGACUUUAGCAGAGCUUUUUGCACUCACAGUGACCAGGAAAAGGACAGUCUAUUCAGCGGCCAUGUGAUACAUGCCCAACUUGGCUCACAAUCAAUCUUGCCCUUAAGAGCAGAGUCGCUGGGCAUAGCAUGCCCAUUGCGACACAGAAUACAAGACGUUAAAGGGCGAUCGGUGUUGAUAAUUGAGACUCGCAGCUUGCCUUCCCCGUCUAUCAAAAACGUUGCGGAGCUCACGAAUCACGGCUGGCCAAUGCCACUGUUCAAGGUCGACAUGCCUGCAGAUGGAUCGCUGCGACUACGAAUCUCCUAUCGAGACCUUUCAGAACUACCGCAAAGUGUCCAUUUCUACAUGAAGAUCUCAGGUGUGGUGCACAUCAUUGCACAAUCCGAUCAGUCUCGAGUCGACCAUCUUCUCGAUGUCCAAGUCAAGAGCAAUGCUCUUACCCCGAUAGCGAAUCCUCGUCUGGAGGAACUUGGCUUCUACUCCAAGGCCACUAAUGUUGGCACUGAGAGGAUCCUUACAGAGGUCGACUACAUCUGCAUUCAGCCAGGUUCGUCUUGUUUUACUCUAUCCCAACCAUUCCACACCAUCUUUAAUGUUCGGCGUGCAACUCUUGGGGAAGGAGAGGCGCAGCAUGUCAGACUCUGUUGGAGCCACACCUCUCACAGAUUGCCGGUGCAGGACAUUCCAUACAGCUCUGUUACCGGACCUUUUUCGUAUUUUGCGAUUCAGCUUGACGACAUGUUUCUGGGAAGAGCGUAUGCAGCAGAGCAUACGCUUCCAGCUUCGCUCGUAGAACAGUUCGCGGGACGUGAUAUCUUGGUGGAGAUCAAAGGUAUAGGCUUCGACGGACACAAGCUUGCGAUCAGCAGCAUGACUAUUCCUUUUUGA